AUGAGUGAUAGCAAUUAUCAUACUAAGACUGAUAGUCAAUCGGUUCGAAAAUUGAAUUUUGAAGAUGAGGAUUCACCACUUGUGAUAGUUGAACAACCAGAACCAAUAUCAAUAGAUAGCAAUGAUAAAAUUCAUGCCAAUGUAGAAGAAGAAGUGAUUCCGAAAUUAGGAAUUGAGUUUGAGACUGAGCAAGAUGCGUAUGAUUUCUAUAAUAGUUAUGCGCGUGUAGUUGGAUUUAGUAUUAGGCGAAGUAAGGGCCACAAGGGUGAUAAAGAUGGUUCACGUAAAUGGUUAGAUAGAGUUUUUUGUUGCUCUUGCGAGGGUAUACGAGGGAAUGACAAAAGAGAUGAUAAUGUGAAAUGCCAUCGUCCAGAAACAAGAUGUGGUUGCAAAGCAGAGAUGAAAAUUAGUUGUAGAUAUAGUGAAAAAUAUUGUGUGGUAAAAUUUGUGUCAGAGCACACACAUGUCUUAGCUUCUCCUCGUAAGCGUAUAUUCCUUCGAUCUCAAAGGUCCAUUAAUCCAGCCCAAGCUGUUGAGGCUGAAUUAGCAGAUAGUUCUGGAAUUGCACCAAGAGCAAGUGUAGGACUAAUGGCUCGAAGGGUAGGUGGACUUGACAAUCUUGGCUUCAUUCCUGAGGAUUAUAAUAAUUAUUUGCGUACAAGACGAACAGAAGAGAUGAAAAACGGGGAUACAGGAGGCUUACUUGAAUAUCUUCAAAGAAUGCAAUCUGAAGACCUUAAUUUUUCUUAUGCAAUUCAGGUUGACCUUGAUGAUCUAAUUACAAAUAUUUUUUGGGCAGAUGGUAGAAUGAAGUUGGAUUAUGAAUAUUUUGGGGAUGUAGUUUGCUUUGAUACAACUUACAAAAAAAAUAAAGAAGGUAGGCCGUUUGCAUUGUUUGUUGGUGUAAAUCAUCAUAAACAAACUAUCAUCUUUGGUGCUGCAUUGUUAUAUGAUGAAACAUCUGAGACUUUCAUAUGGUUGUUUGAUUCUUUUCAGAAAGCAAUGUUUGGUAAGAAACCACAGACUAUCCUCACAGACCAAGAUGCUGCAAUGGCAAAGGCAUUAGCUUCACAAUGGCCAGAAACACAUCAUCGUUUAUGUGUUUGGCAUAUGUACCAGAAUGCAGCUAAGAACCUCAAAGAAGUGUUUGGAAGGUACAAUACUUUUGCAGGAGAUUUUAGUAGUUGUGUAUAUGACCAUGACUAUGAAGAUGAUUUUUUAGAUGCAUGGGAUAAUAUGCUUGAUAAAUAUGAUCUAAAGAAUAACAGUUGGUUGCAAAGACAAUUUGAGUUAAGGGAGAAAUGGGCUUUGGUUUAUGGGAGGAAAACAUUUUGUGCUGAUAUGUCUACUACUCAGAGAAGCGAGAGUAUGAACAGUCAAAUUAAAAGGUACAUAACUUAUAAUUAUGACUUGUUGCGUUUCUUUCAUCACUUUCAAAGGUUGGUUGAUGAUAGACGUUUUGAAGAGUUGAGAGCAGAUUUUAAAGCAACUCAAAGUAAACCAUCAUUAGAAUAUCCAGUAGAAAUAUUGAAGCAUGCAGCAAGUGUUUAUACUCCUGCAGUAUUUAAGUUGUUUAAUCGUGAAUUAUGGCUCACUUGGGAUUGUGAAUUGCAUAAGGAGGGUGAGGUUGGAUCUGUGCAAGAGCUGCACUGA